AAUUUUAUCAAUGGAUUCAAUGGGAUGUUCUGGAUUGGUCUGACUGACAGAGAGACAGAGGGGUCAUGGAAAUGGGUGGAUGGAACACCACUGACCAUACAGUAAGACAUUUAAAUAUUCUGAUGUCCCAUAAUAACUGUAUUUCAUUUCAUUUAAAGCCACAGGCCUCAAUUUCUUUAUACGUCCAUAUACUUUGUGUUUGUAAACUGAGGGCUGGGUCUUGAUUGGUUACAGGUACUGGAAGAGUGGAGAGCCUAACAAUUAUGGCAGUGGAGAGGACUGUGCUGAGAGACGCUUAAUUUAUUCUAACCCAGAGCAGAACUGGAAUGAUGCACCAUGUGAUCAACUGAAGUUAGGGAUCUGUGAGAAAGUGGCUUAUCCAUAA